AUGUCACACUUUGCAAACGAAUUUCGACCAAUGAGAGAAGAGACCAUUAUGUUCAUUUGGAACAUUUUUAUUUUCUGUUCUCAAGUUAAUGUAAGAAGAUCAAUUGUAAAUUGUGGACAAAAAUAUAUUCGCUAUUAAAUUGUAUUAAAAAUUAACCAAUUUUGAUUAAAAGUGUUAAAUUAACAGUGAAACAAUCGACAGACAACAGAAAAAUAAUAAUGUCCUGUGUCGUUUUUUUUAAAAUACCUAUUGUAAUUUAAGUAAAUUUUUUUCUCUAUUUAAUUUAUCCUCCCUCUUUUCUCAUAUCCAUUUCUUUUUUUUCUUGGUUUAAUUGGGAAAAAAAGGAAAAUUUGUUUUUUUUUUCUUCUUCUCAAUCCCUUUGGUCUUUGUGUAAAUGGUUCGUGAGACUCGUCAUCUGCAGAUCGGCAAUUUGCCGGAAAAUAUCAGCGAAUCAAAAAUUGUGGACCACUUUAGCAGAUAUGGAAUAGUACAACGUGUUAAAAUAUUGGGUGGAAAAUGUGAUAAUUUAAGUGCAACCGUAUCUUUUAUCGAUAUAAGAGCAGCCUCUAAAGCCCAUAAUUCGGAGAAUAGAUUGGAGGAUCGAAAUUUGUGGACAAAAUAUUAUGAGCCACCUUUUUCAUCAUCAACCUCGUCCUCCUCAACCACAACGGCGGCAGGUUCUUCGAUCUCUUGUUCAAUUUCAAAUGCAUCAGUAACACCAACAGCAACAGCCUCUUCUCUACCAUCCUCUUGUUCAUCAUCAUCUUCUUCCUCUACCACCAAUUUAAACACCACCAAUAUUAACACCAACACCUCCAACAUCU